ACCACCAUUACGGGCCUCUCUAUCUAACUUUCUACUUCAUUGAUUCACUACACUACGCAUGCGCACUAUUUUGUAAGAUUUUGAUGGCGAGAGCCGCGAUUUUCGAAUGCUAAUAAAAUUAUUUGAAAGCGCAUAAUUUGUGUAUUUACAGGUAAACUGGUAGAUUGUUUUGAUGCUCUGAUUCAUUCUUUCCAUUUUGUCAUUCAUCAUUUUCAUUGAUAUUUUGUAUUUUGCACUAUUUUGUAAGAUUUUGAUGGCGAGAGCCGCGAUUUUCGAAUGCUAAUAAAAUUAUUUGAAAGCGCAUAAUUUGUGUAUUUACAGACCCUCUGUCCAGGUCCCAAGUACUUUAACCCACAGCGUCCAUCAGAAACCCCCUUAUCUUUUGGACUGCGACAAUUGGCGCCCAACGGGGGACUUGGGCUGCCACAACGCUGGAGUAACUUUUGGGUCGAUAGUUCCGGGGACGAACGUUGAGCGAUGAUCAGUCAGCCAUAUUUGUUUGUACAUGUAUACGCAUAUUGGAAUGCAGGAUGUAAACAAUGAUUUGUCAUUGAACUGUUGUGAAAUUGUGUCAGUGGUCACCUUGCAGAAUCACAGUUGAAGGGUUGUUCAUCUUGGCAGAAGGAUCUUAGCAUGUUUUCUGUAACAGUACUUUUCUGGUGAUUGGUGAGAAUCUUACUAACAUUUCCCAUCAUAAGCCCUUAAUAUUAUAGCUUUUCCUUACAUAAAGACCUCUCCCAUUUCCAAUAUGCAUAUAUUUGCCCUUCCUUGAUGUACCUGUCUCUAUUUGGAUAAUAUAGCAUAUAUAUUUAUGUUAUAUUAUGGUGAUGUGUUUGGAAGCCAGCUUGGAACAGAUAUUUAUUAGAAACCUUGAACAUGUAUAGUUUGUCAGUGGUACUGGUAAGUUAUGGUAGUUUAAAGUGUAGUCUUCAACUGAUCAUGUUGUGAGUACAUUUAGUAAGAGUGCCUUUGAUGGUAAAGGAACUAUAUUGCUUCUCUUGACAUCAAGACAGAUUGUUGAUAUUUCUCUUUUGUUACAUUGAAUGUGACUCAAGUGAAAUUUUAUGCCUUGAAGAAUGUGACUUCUAUAUAUUUGUUUACAGGUCAAUAGAUGUAUACACUUUUGAUAUAUGCACUGCUGUAACUGUAUGCUGUUAGUGUAUAUUGGAGAAAAGUAAACUUAACUUAGCACAUUCAGAUUUAUAAAAAAUUUGUCUGUUGCUGUAUAUUUUAGAGAAAUACAAUUUUGUUGUUUGUUUUAUUCAAAAUCUGACAUCACGUUCAGAUAUUAGUAUCUAAAGUAACAUCCCUGUGGUGAAUUACUUUAGUAACUAUAUAUACAAACAAUUUAUUCCAACUGUGCUGACUGGCAUUUGAUGAAAGAUAGUGUACAGUGUACUUCACUAGAUAAGAGAGUGUAAGGUGUUUUUGAAUGAAUUGCAACAUGUACAUUUACCAUUGAUCUUUUAAAUAAAAGUAUGGUGUCCAAUUGGUGACAUAUUUCAUAAAUUUGGAAUUAUUUCGCAGAAUAGAAUUAAUUCAGAGUUUGCCAUAUUGAAGUACAUUUAAGCUUACUAAAGUUGAGUGUAUUUUGAUAAGUGCAUAUAUUUACAUUUUAUAUGGUGCAGUGAAAGGAACAUAAUUGUAAUAUUUUAUUUUGAGUGUAGAAAUUACAUAAAUAUAGACAUGCUAUGACUAUGUGAUCAAUAAAAGAGUACUUAUAGUACAUACCAUAUUUGAUCUACUUGAUUUUACUAGUUUGAAGUGAUUUGUUUGGUGUUUAAUUUGUGUAUGCAGAGAUGGAUUCUACUCAUACUCUUACACACAUUAGGGAAGAGGAGUUAGAGUAUUAUAUUGAACAGAUUGAGCGUUCUGGUAGAUAUGCUGUAAAUCCUAUUACUUCUUGUACUGUUAACCCUGUCUCUACUAGCACUCCUGUUCCCCCUCCAUUAGAUUUUACAAGGGAUGCUACUCAUACACCAAUUAGAGAGUACAACAACAGACAUUCAGGAGCAGGCAUACAUCCUCAAAUGGAUAAUAUUUGUCCACCUGCACGCCCUCCCCCACCUAAUCCUUAUACUUUGUAUCCACCUUCUUACUUGGAUACUUCUUUGUCUGUAAGUCAUUCUCGUAUUCCUAAACUACCUCAGUUUUCAGGUGAGAGUAGGCCUGGUGAUUGUGAGUUCGAGGUCUGGAAAUAUGACUUGCAUUGUUUGUUAAGAGGUAGAUUGUAUCCAGACCAUAUUCUUCAUGAAGCUAUUCGUACUAGUUUGAAAGGGAAAGCACGAACUGUUCUCUUGCAUUUGGGCGAAUGGGCUACUAUUUCAGAUGUUAUAGUUUUGGAGAGCUGA